GAUUUUAAUGAUGAUGGUGCGUUAAUUGUGGACGUUUUCUUUUCAUGUCAAAAUACAAAAGUGCUCAUACAAAUUAUUAUCAACAUUUUUGGAAUAACUAAAAGGAAACGAAAAAAUCAAACCCAGUUUUUGGAAAUGAACUAUGAGAGGAAAUAUCUACUUGAUACACAUUAUGUAACCAGCAAACGUGACUAUUAUCAUUACCAUCAUCACAAUGCGCCCAAAAACAGGGCACAACUCAAGAAAAUCAUCGUCAUAUUCGUAUUCAUAUGCUUCUUCUCGUACGUCUUCAUCGAUUUCAAUCUCAAGACCAAAAUUAAUCGACUCAAAGACAGAUUUGAUUUCUCACCAAAAGUCGAUGCCUUACCCGAGAACAUCAGCCAGGCGUAUUUCGUCGAUACGCCUGGCUGUCGAAUGCCCAGUUUCAAUGUAGUCGAUGAUACCAUCCUGCAGUAUAUGUUUCGAAUACCGAAAUUCACUUGCAAUAAAGCACUUAUCAGGUCGGUUGGAAACGAAGGGCUGGCUCUUAAUAUUCAGAAAAGCGAGUUCAUCGAAUUGUACAACAUAACCAAUCCAGAGAAGAUUUCCUGUUACUACCAAGAAUUUCAACGAAGAACCGAUUCGAAAAACGAUUUUGCACAGCAUCGAUAUGAGCUAAAUUUGACUCCGAACGAAGUGAUCAAAGUGUCAAAUGCAGAAUUCGUGAAGGUAGUUUGUCAGUACAACGAUGCCAAACCGUUCUACAAGGACUUUCACUUCUUUGCCGUUCCGAAGGGAGUCGAAAAACCCGCCACCACAACGAUCAAUAGUUUCGAGUUCGAUGACAGUUCGAAGAACCAGCGGACAAGUUCAAUUCCCAUCACACGAACCGAGAGGAAACUGUCAGUUAUGAUCAUAGGAAUCGAUAGCGUGUCGAGAUUGAACUUCCUGAGGCAGAUGAACCGAACUGCGGGAAUGGUAAGGGAUAGCCUGAAUACCGUCGAGUUUAUAGGCUACAACAAGGUUGGUGAUAACACCUAUCCGAAUCUGGUGCCAGCUUUGAGUGGCUUGGAAGAGAGUGAGCUCAAUCUGGCUUGCCUAGCGCCCAUUCAUGGACGGAAUGUCAGUUACGACAAAUGUCCAUUCAUUUGGAAGAAGUACAAAGAAGCUGGCUUCAGAACGGUUUUCGCCGAAGACGUAGCAAAUCUGGGCUUGUUUAACUAUUUUCGAACUGGUUUUACCGAACAACCGACCGACUAUUACCUUCGACCGGUUCUGAUCGAAAUGGAGAAGUACAUUGCGUACAAGAAGAAAGCCAACAUGCGACUUUGCUUGGGUGGAAGACGUGCUGUUGAUGUAGUUCUCGAGUUUAUCAAGAAACUCAUACCGUUUUUCAAACGCGAUAUGUUCUUUUCGUUCUUCUGGAUGGCUUCAUUGACGCACGAUUUCUUUAAUAUGCCAUACUUGUUGGACGAGGACGUUGUUGAGCUCUUCGAUGAGUUACGCAUGUCAGGUGUCUUAGACCGCACGAUUGUCUUUUUAAUGAGCGAUCACGGCCUGCGUUGGGGAUCAUUCCGAAAAACCUACCAAGGUAUGAUGGAGGAACGACAACCUCUGCUGGUGAGCAUCUUUCCAGAUUGGUUUGCUCAGCGAUACCCAUUGGCGGUGGGAAAUUUACGUGAAAACGCCAAGAAACUAACAACUCACUACGACUUGCAUGCCACCUUCCUUGACCUCCUCGAUUUGUCAAGUUUGGAGUCAAACAUGCUCGAACUUAGAGCAUCGGAACUCAAGGAAUCCGACACGAUUCCUCGAGGGAUCAGCUUGUUCCUGCCGGUGCCAGUAACAAGAACCUGCGAAAACGCUGGCAUUGCCUCCCAUUGGUGUACCUGUCAUCAGAAACAAACUCUUCUCACCAAUGACGCUCGGGUGCAACGCGCAGCUCGGUACAUUGUCAAACUGAUAAAUGACAAACUUAAACCCUAUCCACAGUGUCGUAUGCUUUAUCUAAAUUCGAUUGCAGAAGCAAUUAUCGGUGCUUCGAAUCAGAAAAUCCUGAAAGAAGUCACCACGGAUUAUCUUAUUGAUAUUACGGUUCGUGUUCAAACGAAACCGGGUCUUGGGGAGUUCGAGUCAACCGUCCGAAUGUCUUCGUACACAACACACCUCACGGGGACCAUUAGUCGCAUCAAUAUGUACGGCAGUCAAAGUUAUUGCAUAGACGACUAUACACUUAAGAUGUUUUGCUAUUGUCAUAGAUAAGGCAUUGUUGGUAUAUAAGGUAAUAAUAUACAAAUUAAAAAUUAGUUAAGGUUAUAAACAAUUUAAAAAAAAUUAAGAUAAGCGUAUACCAAUUUACAUAUAUAAGUGAUUCGGAAGUCUGACCAUGUUUGUUUUUAAGUUAAAAAUUUUAAGACAAAAAAGUUUCGGUAAAAAAUAAGUCUUGGCUUGAUUUGUUUUAUAAAUGAAAAGAGAGUCUGACAGCUAAAAACUGUCUGCGGAAGUGACCUCGAGUUGACAGGUAAACAAAUACAAAUAAAAAGCAUUUUCAAAUCUGAGUAAUAAACGGGAUCAAGCCUUAAACAAAACAAUUCAGUUCACCUAUCCCGAUCUGGUGUCAUUGCCAUCCAUCAGUUUCGUAACCACACCUGUCCACCAUAGUCUAUCAAGCUUAAUUUGUGUCAAAACUUAUGCUUCAAAAAAGAUAAUGAGCUUGUCCAGACGACAUAAGGGACUUGAAAGUUAGGCAAGUUUCUGGUAUCUGAUUGGCCAGCUGCCAAAAAAUGCCUUCCAAUUAAGGCAACUUUGUUGGAAAGUUGACUGGAAAGUUAGUCAAGAAAAAUCGCCCUAAACAUUAAGUCAAGUCAUCUUAUUCCAAAAUGACAACUGAUCAUGUUUUUUCAUUUAAGUGAAAACUGAGCUUUACUACUUUAUAAUUUAUUUAUUUGUUGCACAAUUUCAUUUAAUGUUUUCUUCUUUCAAGAUGUUGUCUGCUAUCAAUUUAUUGGAAAUGACAUUUGAUUAUCUAUCAACACCUCUAUUUGAAAGGCAACUAGCUUUGUGAAUGGAAAAUUACCCUAGAAAGCUAGUCAAUCCGGAACUGUCAUUUUAAUGACAAAUACAAAUAUAAUAAAAUAAGAAACAUUUGUGUUUUCAGAAUUUUAAAUAGUUUUUUUAUUCUUUUUAAAUUCAAUUAAACCAAAUAGAAGAUAUAAUAUGAUU